CCAUCUCCACAGGACGUCGCUCGUCUACCGUCACCGGAUCUCCAACGCGGUUCCACAACUACCCGCGCAUAAACACCACGCGAUAAAGCAGCCCCAUCCGCGCGAGUAGGGAUGCAAAACAGGCUACGCGAGAUCGCUCCACCGCGCGAUCACUUCAGUCGUCACGUACAUCGCCUGCGAAGCGGACGCCCCGAUCCCGACGUCAACGGAGCCGUCUCCUUCAUUCGAAACGUGCCAACUGCUACGCGAGUGGGCUGAAGCAAAACCUGCCAAAAUGGUGCCCAAAUACGCCGCCUGUUUGUGUUUCGUCGCCAUCGCGGUGAUCGCCAGUGUUCGGGGGGAUGUUUCCCAUAUCGCCCCAGCAGCAGCGCAGGAGAAUCCCGUCACCGAGGUGUGCCUGCAGUGCAUCUGUGAAGCCUCAUCCGGCUGUGAUGCGUCCCUGCGAUGCAACGGUGACGUUUGUGGCAUGUUCCGCAUCACCUGGGCGUACUGGGCCGAUGGUGGCAAACCUGUCCUGCAGGGCGAUUCUCCGGACUCCCAGAAUGCGUACGCUAACUGCACCAACGAUCCGUACUGUGCUGCUCGCACCGUCCAGGGAUACAUGAGAAAAUUCGGCCAGGACUGCAACGGCGAUGGUACGAUCGAUUGCUUUGAUCACGCGAUCGUCCACAAGCUCGGAGGUUACAACUGCAAGAACCAAGUGCCGAUCGUGUACCAGAACAAGGUCGACGAAUGUCUCCAGCGGAAGGCCAUCGAAUACGGAGCCACUCGCCAGUGAGAAGAGGCGCCCGUUCGCCAUCCGGCGGUGCCAUUAAUUUAUAUAUGAUAGUUUUAGACCACACGAAACACGCGGCUCCUUUCUCUUAAUUCGAGCGGGUUUUGCACAAGGCGCUGCAAAUAUGAAAAAGCAAUCCAUCACACACACGUUCGUUUUUCAGUAAAGAUAUUUAUGCUCGCUGUUUAU